AGUCUAAGGCUCGCGGCUCGCGAGCUUCCCGGGGGUGAAAGCAGCCCCCGCCAACUGUCCUAGUGGCCCCGAGCCUCUGCCCCGUUCCGCCCGCGCCCCCGGGCGCUCGAGCGCCACUCUUCCGGCGUGCCCCAGGGGCUGCCCUGAUGGACCGGCCGUCUUUGGGAUUUGACCUUCUGUGUCUGUCCCUCCGUUUCUCCUGGGCUCCAUGCCCGUUCUCUUUGAUUAUGCCUCUCAGCUCGUCCCCUGCUGUCCACACUCCUGCCGGCUGAGGCUUGGGUAGAGUCCCGAGCUACACAGUUUGAGGUGGGGCUGCAGAUAAAGGUCCCGCGAUUCCCGCGAAGGCUCCCCUGGGAGCAGCUCAGAGGGCCUCUUCUCCCGCCACAAUGCCUGUGGACCCGGGCCAGAUAGCCACUCAAGAAAACACCAUGAAAGAUACUGAUAUCAAGAGACUACUGUAUACCCAUCUUUUAUGCAUAUUUUCAAUUAUCCUAAGCAUCUUCAUUCCAUCAUUGUUCUUGGAGAACUUCUCAAUAUUGGAAACACACUUGACAUGGUUGUGCAUCUGUUCUGUUUGUGUAACUGCUGUCAAUCUAGUAUUAUAUUUAGUGGUGAAACCAAAUGCGUCCUCUAGAAGAAGUUCAUUAUCAUACAAGGUAACCAGAUUUUUGAAAUGCUGUAUCUAUUUUCUUAUGUCUUGUUUCUCCUUUCAUAUAAUUUUUGUUCUCUAUGGAGCACCACUAAUAGAGUUGGUGUUGGAAACAUUUUUAUUUGCAGUUACUUUGUCUACUUUUACUACUGUACCUUGUUUGUGUUUGUUGGGACCAAAUAUUAAAGCAUGGCUAAGAGUUUUCAGUAGAAAUGGAGUUACAUCUGUUUGGGAGAAUAGUCUCCAGAUCACUACCAUUUCUAGUUUUGUAGGAACAUGGCUUGGAGCCUUUCCUAUUCCACUCGAUUGGGAAAGACCGUGGCAGGUCUGGCCCAUCUCCUGUACGCUUGGAGCGACCUUCGGCUACGUGGCUGGCCUUGUUAUCUCACCACUCUGGAUAUACUGGAAUAGAAAGCAACUUACGUACAAGAACAAUUAAUUGGAGCAGAGGGAGAAGAUACUUCUUUGUGCAGAUUCCAUAAAGACUGUG